UUAAAACACAGAGGCGAAUAGCGGACAGGGCAGAGAGAAGGACCUGAAACAGCGCACCUGAACUGAACUGGGAGCAGAAAAACUAAGAGAGAGAACAAUACAACCCGCCGUCAAUAUUACAUUACCGCACGAGAGACAACACCGUCUAACUCGAAGCGCUUAUCCUCGAAGUGAAGAUGCAGAUUAAAGUCACGACCUUGACGGGGACUUGUUAUCCCGUGGAAAUGGAUCCCAGCGCCACAGUGGGGCAGCUGAAGCAGGAGAUCGAGCGACGGGUCAGUGUUCCAGCGUUCCGGCAGAAACUGGCGAUGCAGAAGAACGGGCGCAAAGAGCUGGAAGACGAGGGGAGGCGGCUGAGCGAGUGCGGGCUGGAGCACGGAGACACCGUGCUGGUGCUGCUCACCGAGCCCAAGUCCAUGCAAGUCUUCUUGCAGAAUGACAAGAGCAAGACGCAUACAUACGAGAUCUUCCCGGGGGAGACGGUCACCGAGUUCCGGCAGAAGGUUUAUCGGGUGGAAAAGGUUCCACCGGAGCAACAGGUGCUCCUCUAUGAAUCCAAGCCGCUUCAAGACGGCAGGAAAUUGGAGGAUUAUAACAUCAGGCCCCAUACUACCAUCACAUUGAACCUGCGUCUGAGAGGAGGCUAAGCGCACCAUGGACCUGAUCUAUAAAAGCAUAAUUACAGCCCUACUGAUUAUCCUUAAUACAGUGACUGUGGAGCUGCGUAUGACUUAAUUGUUUAGCAUUUACAUAACAUACUGUAAACAACCCCCCCCCCCAAAAUAUAUAUAUAUAUGUAUAUACAAGUUUAUGACAUUUUUGUUUUGUUGUUUCAUUUAAGUUAUUAUUUGUGUAUUAAAAUACUUGCUACAUUCCCUAAGCUAAGGGGUUAUAUAACGUGGUUGGCAUCCCCCAGCACAAACGUUAAAGACCACCUUUCUUGCACUUACUUGUGAAUGCUUGCUAGUUUGCACAAUGCCAUUGGCCGGGCUGGCACCCCGUUUCCUUUUCUGUCCUUUUCUGAGAGAUUCAGCUGAUCAGGGCCAUGCAGCUCUCCUGUUGCAGUGAUUCUGUGAAAAUGUGGUGCAUCUGCUGGGUGUCAAGGAUCGUAACACCUGUCUGUAACAGCUAAUGUGUCCCUGUUUUAAAAAUGAUAUAUUUUGAGUGUGUAACGUUUUACUUUUGUAUAGAUUUGCAAUGAAAUAAAAAUUUAUAAAAAAAGUGAA